AUGUUUUUCAGCCGAGAAGAUGAGAUUGAUGAAGCACCAAAUUCUUCACAGAAGAAUAUCUUGCCACAAUAUUUACAAAAAUCUGAAAAUCAUUUUACUUCUAUUCCACUAAAAAAUAAUUCGAAAGCUACAUGUGCUUCAUCAUCAUCAUCAUUAUGCAUCGCAGUAUCUAAACAAUCAAAUGCACUAGAUUUAAACAAACUUAGUUUACUUGUAUCAGAUAAUAUGAAUGUCAUUGUUGGAAAUAAUCAUAGUGUUUUAUCGUUAUUUAAUCAAUUAGUAUAUAAUUUAAUUGAAGAUCGUGCUAACUCUUACAAAUCAAUGUCGGUUUUAAAUGAAACAAAUAUUGAUAAAAUUAAAUGGAAAGAUUUUGAACAUUGUGUUACAUUUAUUGAUGGUAAAGAUGUUGAUAAAGAUUGUUUAUAUAAUGAUUUCAAUCAUAUAAAAUCAAAAUUUGUUGAACUUAAGAACAAAUUUGAUGGUAUUUAUAAACAAGUACAAGGAUUUAUUCCGUCAAAUUUGAUUUUAUCGAAACAAGAUGGAACAAUGUUAAGUAAUGAAAACAAUGUGAAAUUCAAGUUGAUUCUGAUUCUGAUAAAUGAAGAAUAG